AAUGGAGACCAGUGGGUGUUUGGGAUCCUAACUGGAACAUGAGCUCAGCUGCUGUAGUUUGUGCUGAACUGGACUGUGGUUCUGCUGUUUCAGUAAAAAAUUCAAAGGAAACUUCAAAGAGACCAGUUUGGUGGAUCUUUUCUGACUGUUUGCAGUCAGGAUCUGCAUUAAAGAACUGUUUACCUUAUGAUAAAAACAGUGAUCAGAGCCUUGAGCUCAUCUGCUCAGGUCUGCUGGUUGAGCCGCUCAUCUUCCUCUCUUCCUCCACUGACGGGGUCUCCACAGGCAGAAAGCAGGGGUCUGAGCUCCUCAUUGGAUCAAGUUUCAGCAUCAUGUGCUCCAUCAGACCUCAGUAUGAAGGCGGCUCCUUCCAGCUCAUCUUCAGCACCUCUAACUACACUCAGAACCACACCCUGCCAGCUGUUAAUCACUCCGCCCUCUUCCUGUUCUCUGCUGCUGGCCACGCCCACCAAGGAACCUACCGCUGCGUUUACCACGUCUACGUUUUCUCCUAUAACUUCUCCUCUAUGAGCCAGCCUCUCAACCUCACUGUCUCAGGUAAACUCAUGGAGUCCAUCAGGAAAAGUUCUGCUUCAGUUUCAGCCUAUCUCACUGCUUUGAUCAUCAGACUGGUUGUCAUCCUUCUGGGUUUGCUGGGAUCAGUCCUGGUCCUCUACUUUAAGGCCAGGAGAAACCAGAAGUCUGGACCAGAAAACAACCAUCAUGAUGAAGGAUCCAGAGCUGAAGGCAGCUUAGAGGAGGAGACUGCAGUCUGA